AUGUCUGGAAACCUAGAUAGAUCUUUGGACGAAAUCAUCGGCGAAAACAAGAAGCAACGCGUCAGAAAGGUGAACAAAAACGUUCCAAAGAAGGUGUCCAAGUCUGUUGUCGGCAAUCGCCGUCGGGCGACACCCAUUAAGGGCGGUGCGCUAAGAAACGCUGCUGCUGCAAAGACAGCGAACAUCUUGGAAUCUGCUUAUGGCACCAAAGUCAACGUUGAGGGCCUACCCAGAGACAUUAAACAAGAUGCAGUAAGAGAAUUUUUCACAAGCCAGAUCGGUGGCGUGACUAGAAUACUAUUGAGUUACAACGAAAGAGGUUUAUCAACCGGUAUGGCUACCAUCACGUUCAAGUCUUCCGACAAGGCCAAGGAAGCUGUCUCCAAGUUUAACGGCGCUCCUAUCGACGGUGGCAGAACCAGACUAAAGUUGAACUUAAUCAUCGAUCCUACCAAGAAGCCUCUUGCUUCUAGGAUUCAGCCGCUUGCGCAACGCAAGGUUCCAGCUGUUAAGGCUCCUACUAAGAAGGCUGCUGCCGUGAAGAAGCAAAAGAAGGUUGAGAAAAAGAAGAAUCCUAAGCCUGAGAAGAAGAGUCUAGAACAACUAGACCAGGAGAUGGCAGACUACUUUGAGGAAAAGAAGGAAUAG